UUAACAAAGCCAAAUAUACAUAUGGAAUCCAUACAACUGCUAUCUUACAAAGCGGAAAGGUCGUUGAGGCAACCUCUAAUUCUUUUAGUAAUGUGGUUUUAAAUGCGAAAGAACCAGUGAUUGUUGAUUUUUAUGCAGAUUGGUGUGGGCCCUGCAAGUUGUUGGCACCGAUUCUUCAUCGUGCCGUUACCGAUAACAAGAAAGUUACCCUUGUUAAGAUAAAUACGGAUAAGAACCAAGAUUUGGCCGAAAGAUAUAAGAUUACUGGACUUCCAACGGUAUAUUCAUUUCACAAGGGAAAACCUGUGGAUCAUUUCAUCGGCGUGAAAUCAGAAGGAGCAGUUAAGGAAUUCGUAGAAAAGGCAGCUUGUUUAGCGGAUUAA